AUUUUGGCUGUGUAUAGUGAAAAGUGUAGCUCACAGUGACAAACCCAGAGUUACUGAGUGUUUUUCCCAUACUCUAAAAAAAUAGAAGUGCAGUUUUAAACUUGAACACAUGACACCUGUGCCUCUCAUUUGCCUCACAUGUGCUAACCAAAGCCUGCUUCUUUACCACCUUCAGAUCAUCUUCUACGAGGACAGGAACUUCCAGGGUCGUUCCUAUGAGUGCAUGAGUGACUGCCCUGACAUGUCCUCCUACCUGAGCAGGUGCCACUCUUGCAGGGUGGAGAGAGGCUGUUUCAUGGUGUACGACCGUACAAAUUACAUGGGCAACCAGUACUUCAUGAGGAGGGGCGAGUACGCCGACUACAUGAGCAUGAUGGGCAUGAGCGACUGCAUUAGGUCCUGCCGCAUGAUCCCCAUGUACAGGGGAUCCUACAGGAUGAGGAUCUACGAGAGGGAGAACUUCGGGGGUCAGAUGCAUGAGCUGAUGGACGACUGUGACAACAUCAUGGACCGUUACCGCAUGUCCAACUGCAUGUCCUGCAACGUGAUGGAGGGUCACUGGCUGAUGUACGAGCAGCCCCACUACAGAGGCAGGAUGAUGUACAUGAGGCCCGGCGAGUACAGGAGCUUCAUGAACAUGGGCUGGAGCGGCAUGAGGUUCAUGAGCAUGAGGCGCAUCACUGACUCCUGCUAUUAG